GUGCGGUAAUCCUCCAGGUACAAUGUAUCUGAAGACCACUUCUCUUGUGACGUAUUGUUGUGAGCUGAGAGAAAGUGUCGUAAAGAAUAUCGGCAAAUUCGAAAAUGCUGAAAACAGAACCGCCCGAUUCUGAUUAUUUCGAGAUUAACCAGUAUGACAUUUGUGACCUCCAUGCCGGUCAGCCUCUUGGGUCUGUGUGCCUCGACUGUGAAGAGUGUAUAUGUGACGAAUGCUUUCGGUUCAUUCACUCAUCACAUCGUCGACAGGAACUUGCAGAUUACAACAGGACUCAAUUGAAAGUACUGGAAGGCAACAGGCGAAAACUGACCGACAUAACAGCAACAAAUAAAAUGGAAGUAGCUUGUCUGACAAAACAGAUUAAAAGAUGCAACCAAAAGUCGACACUGGCAGCUAAAGAGGUUGAGGCCGCAGUUGAGUUAUUAUUUCGUGAAAUAACAUCCAAAAAGGAAGCUAUCAUCCAAAACAUGAACAGCAAUGCUUCUAGUUGCAUUGAUCAUUUAAAACAACAAAAACAGGAAUUAGAAAAUCGGCAAAAGCAAUUCACGCUCAUUACUGAAAGAAUAGACAACGUGACAAAAUCAGCCCACCCGGGCGAACUCUUUAAGAAUGUGGGAGGAUUAAAGAAACAUUGCACUGGAGCGCUCAAUCAGAAACCACUGAGCUCGCCUCCAGUGUUUAUACCGGAAUUCAGGGUCAAUCCAACGCUUUCAUCAGAUUUCGAGAACCUGCAGAUCGGCGUAGUUGUUGACUCGACAGAUCAGAGUGAUGAUGAAUCCGGUGAACACGUUUAUGAAAUUGAAGAAGAAGAAUGGGUCUACGAAGUUGAACCAUUGUCUGUUCAUUCUUUUGGCGUAUCUGCAAAGGAUGGCGAUAUGACCAAUAAGAGAGAAGACGGGGCGUCCGCUGGAUCGAGCUAUUGUGAGCACUCGGGCUCUGAAUUGAAUGCAAAUCAAACUACAUAUCAGGCAGGUUCUGAUAACGGGUCCGCUGGGUCAAGUUAUGCCCAUCUUUCAAACACAUGUCUUCAUCAGAAACGUCAGACUCCUAAAAGUAUUGACAAGUUAGCGUCUGUGUGUUCAGGGAUCUCGUCCACUGAAUCGAGUGCAUGCAUACUCUCAUCUAAAUUAGCACUCUGCAAACACCCCUGGCAACACAAAGAUCUUACAAGAAAGCAGGUUUCUGAAUCGACCGGACAUUAUUCUCUUGCGCGUCCAGCCAUCGCUUCAGAACCUGGUCAUCAAACACUUGACGAUGAUGACAACGAAUGUGUCUACAACGUCAUCGAUGAUCACCACAUCGGGGACGAUGUCUAUGAGCGUCCUUCUUCCAGGAGUAGACAAAUCAUCUCAGCUGUUUGUUGUUGAUAAAUACGAUUCGUUUCCGGAUAGUACCAUGUCUCUAGAUCAAAUCAAAGACAGAGCGGUGUUGCCACAAACGUUUCAGCUGAAUUUCAACAAAUAUGAAAUUAUAUCCACUUCGGAGACUUCCUUACAUGGCAAAAUCCUGAAGAGGAUAUUUCUUCCAUUUGGAAUUACUGGUUUUGCAACAGUUUCCAGACACAAAGACAUGCUUCUUGCGUUUGUCACUACUAACAAAGAGGUUGUCCUCAUUCGAAAGAACGGCGUAGAAUUCAUCAGAAUAAGCGAGCUUACCAGUCCGUUUGAUGUUGCUAGUAGUGGGUGUUCUCCUUAUAAUCUUUAUAUAACAGAUGGCGGUGCUAAUCGUGGCGAGGGUAGUGUAAGAGUGUACAACUGUGGAGGGGGAUACCUCGACACAUUUGCCGGUGGACUAACUGCGCCGCGUGGUAUUGACGUAACAUCAGAUGGCCAUGUAUUCGUCUGUGAUCAAGAUGACCGCUGUGUGUAUGGGUUCUCUCCAAAGGGUCGCAAGACCUUCCGACUGAAUAUUUUGGGGUCUGGCUUCCCAAUAUACGUGUCAGUAUUAAGUUGUCGCCGGCUGGCCGUGUCUGACCAUGCUCGGGAGAACCUCAUUAUACACGACAUUGAUUCUCCAAAGAAGAAGUUUCUGAGGACAAAACUGAAUGGUUUACUCUGCCGCGGUAUGUGCUUCGAGGACGCUAACCAUGACAUGUUAUGUAUAGUUCACCCCGAGGUCAAUAGUCUCCAUGUGGUACGAAAAGACCUGCAUGAGGUCAUCGACCUGAGAACAAUCCACGAUGCAAGGCCUCUUGUUCCCUUGGUAGACGAAACGGGGAACGUUUUUGUAUUCUAAAGUCCAGGCAGAGUCUUGUAAAUGCAAUACAUAGAGGACCUGCACUCAUGUCAUAUAAGAUUUUGAUUUUUUUUUUAAAUAAUGAGGGGAGGAGUGUUAUAGAGGAUGGAGUGUUAUAGAGAGUGGAGUAUUAUAGAGGGUGGAGUAUUAUAGAGGGUGGAAUCUUAUAGAGGGUGGAGUCUUAUAGAGAGGAGGAGUCUUAUAGAGGGUGGAGUCUUAUAGAGGGUGAAGUCUUAUAGCGAGUGGAGUAUUAUAGAGGGUGGAGUCUUAAAGAGGGUGAAGUCUUAUAGCGAGUGGAGUAUUAUAGAGGGUGGAGUGUUAUAGAGAGUGGAGUAUUAUAGAGGGUGGAAUCUUAUAGAGGGUGGAGUCUUAUAGAGAGGAGGAGUCUUAUAGAGGGUGGAGUCUUAUAGAGGGUGAAGUCUUAUAGCGAGUGGAGUAUUAUAGCGGGUGGAGUCUUAAAGAGGGUGAAGUCUUAUAGCGAGUGGAGUAUUAUAGCGGGUGGAGUCUUAAAGAGGGUGGAGUCUUAUAGAGGGCGGAGUCUUAUAGAGGGUGGAGUCUUAUAGUGGGUGGAGUAUUAUAGAGGGUGGAGUCUUAAAGAGGGUGGAGUCUUAUAGAGGGUGGAGCCUUAUAGAAGGUGGAGUCUUAUAGAAGGUGGAGUCUUAUAGAGAGAAGAGUUUUAUAGAGAGAGGAGACUUAUAGAGAGAGGAGUCUUAUAAGGGGAGGAGUCUUACAGAGGGGAGGAGCAUUACAGAGGGUGGGGUCCUAUAAAGGGGAGGAGUCUUAUAAAGGAUGGAGUCUUAUAGAGGGUGGAGUCUUAUAGAGGGUGGAGCCUUGUAGAAGGUGGAGUAUUAUAGAGAGCAGGAGUUUUAUAGAGAGAGAAGUCUUAAAGAGGGGAUGAGUCUGAGAAAUGAGUCUGGUAGAGGGAAUGAGUCUUAAAGAGGAAGGAGGCUUAAGGAAGAAGUUGGAGGGGUCUUACAGAGGGAGGAGUCUCAAAGAGUUGGAGGUUGGAGUUUAUACAGGGGAGGAGUCUUAUAGAAGGUGGAGUCUUAGGAAAUGAGUCUGAUAGAGGGAGCAGUCUGAGGGGGAGUGUUAUAGAAUGAGGAUUAUUAUAGUGGUAGGGGUCUUACAGAGGGAGCAG